AACAAACGGCUGCUCCUUCCGGUGAUAUCCACAUAUAUGCCGCUCUUGUUAGAACAUUUUAAGUGAAGAUUUUAUGUGUUUUAUGCAGAUAUCCUUUUUUCAGCGUGGUAGUUUCAGAGUCGUUGUCAUUUCUACGAAGAACUCCGGAAUUUAGGAACCAAUCGUGCUAACAGCUAACAGCUAGCUUAUCAAUGUAGCUAGCUGAAGAGCUAAAGAAAUGGGACACCACGCCGCUAUUAAAACGACAUAACUACAACGAUUUAGUUAAAACGGCACACACCAUACUGCCCAGUCUCCAAGGAAAUAAAAGACUCUUAAGCAGCAAACUUUGAUGGUUAUGGAGAAUUAUGGAUAACCUGACAGCAAAUAAGAACCACAUACCUUGUCAGUCGUGGGUGAACCAGAAUGUCUGGUCCACUGCUUCAACUCAAGGAUCGCUCCUCAACCCACUGUCCAGCUCUCAGCAUCUCAGCCUGGGCUUGUCUUCUGACCAGAGAGCGUCCUACGACCACCUGCAGGAGUCCAAUCAGAGCUGCUUGAACGACCUCAGCACCUUGUCAUCCCGAAACAGCACUCAUCCCUCUGCUCUGUACAAAGCCUCUCACAUUAGCAGCAAUCCAUCAUCCACCACACUCUUUGCCAAUUCUGCUGUCCCGAGUGCUGCUCACAUCAUAUCCUUUGCCCAGCAAGACCCCCACACCUCAUCCAUGCUGCUAAAUGCAAACCAAGGAAAAAACAUCCCCCCACCAUCUUUAUCCCAAGCAAACCAAGCUCCACAGCCUUGCAGGCUACCACUCCUCUCAUCCAACGACCCUUUCAAAGCAUCAUUUCAACCUCCAUUAACCAGUCAGGGCUUGUCCAAUGGACUUCAGGAUCAGCCCAUUAGCCUGCCAUCGUGUGGACAACGUGUAAGUACAUCUCAAGCUACUUUUGAAGGAGCGAAUGUGGAGUUAGCUGGUGUUGCUGGAUACACUCACAGCUAUGCCUCAUCCACUUCUCAGGAGCAGCGUCAGUGGAUGCCUUCAUCACAGUGCAGGGGUGCUGUGAAUAAGUCUGCACCUGACAAAGCUGCUCAUCCUAACAAAGAGCCAUCGCAGGAGGGGAACAUGAGUUCAGUGGGCACUGGUGACAGCCAUCGUUCUCUGCUUUUGCAGCACCGUGCACAAUUACUUAAACAAGUGGCAGAGUUGGAUAAAAUUCUGGAAUCAAUCCCUCCAUGUGGCAGCAGUGCUGGGCAGUCUCAACACACAGCUGUUCAGUCUUCUUCACCAGAGGAUGAUUCAUCUCAGCAUGACCAGACUCAGAGGAGUGAUGCACAUCAGGGUCAGCUGUCUGCACAACAGUCUAAGUCACAUCUUUCAUCAGAUUGUCCAUCACCUGCAUCCUGUGAUGAAAGUGAGGGCUGUGAUGCACCAGAUGAUCCAAUGUCAGAAGGAGAAUCAGCGAAAAAGGAAAAUGGCUCAGCUGAGUCAGAGGAUGACAGUGAUCCUGAAUACUUACCCAACAGUGACCGUGACUUCUCCGAUUUCCCGUCUGAUGCUGACGGGGGCUGUUCAGAUGAAUCCAGUCACAGCAGGCCCGCGACCCCUAAAGGCAAAAGAUCUCAGCCAGAAAAAAAAGGGGCUGAAUUGGGAAGUUCUUCAUCAAAGGACAAAAAUACCCAUUCUCCAAAACAGAUUCGUACAACCAAACCGAAGACAAAGUCUUCUGAAACUGUAGUGUUGCCAACUUCAAACUCUAAAACGCGACGUGUAUAUGACAGAAGGAAUUAUUGUUUAUUUUGCACGAAGCCCGUAUGUAAAAUGGCAAGACAUCUUGAGAGAAUCCACAGUGACAAACCAGAGGUUGCAGCUGCAUUUCAGUUCCCCAAAAGCUCCAGAGAGAGACAAAAGAUUUGGAACAGGCUGAUAAAUCAAGGGAACUUUGCUCAUAACAAAGAUGUCAUGAAAACAGGGAAGGGCCAUCUUGUUGUCCGAAAAAGACCGAGCAAGACUCAUAAGGCCCAAGACUUUCUUCAUUGCCUUUACUGUCGAGGUCUUUUUGUGAAGAACGCGCUGUACAGGCACAUGAAGUCGUGCCCAGAGAAAGGGCAACAUGAUGUUGAAUUAGAGGUUGGAAGAAGGCGCAUCGCAUCCCGAAGUGUGCUUGAAACGUUAGGAGACCUUGGCAUAAGUGAGGGUUUUAAGAGCGUUCUGUCCCAGAUGAUAUACAAUGAUGUGACGGAAGCUAUCUUGGAAGACGGGCUUAUCUUGCAGUUUGGUGAGCUCCUGUUCGAUCAGCACGGAUCAGAUCCAAAGAAGCAUGAGUAUAUGAGACAAAACCUUCGCCAGGUAGCUAGACUUGUACUGGAAGCUCAAAAAAUAACCCCUAUGCAGAAGCUGGAAGACUUCUUUCUUCCCGCAAACUUCCCUCAUGUGGUGUCUGCAGUGAACGUCCUCGCAGGCUACAAUCCAGAAAACAAAACGUACAGCAUCCCUUCACUCGCCAUUAAGCUGGGCUACCACCUACAGAAGUGCUGCAGUAUCAUUGAGGGUAACGCAGUGAAGUCCGGCGAUGAAAGUUUGGCAGAGUCUGCGCGCAAUUUCCUCACUCUGUACCAGGACAAAUGGAACAAGCUCAUUUCUGGAGGUGCAUUAUCGUCUCUCAGAAAGGCAAAGUUGACCAAAGAUAAGAAGGUGCCGUUUGCCCGAGAUGUAAAGCGCCUACAUUUCCACAUGGAGAAUGCUCAUCUUCUCGCUGAAAAAAAUCUCAGAGAGAGCCCCUCUGCAGAAAACUAUAGCAUCCUGGCCAGAGUCGUACUGGCUCGGACGAUACUUUUCAACAGGAGGAGAGCCUUAGAGAUAUCAUCAAUGAAACUAGCAGGUUUUAUGUUGCGGAAAAAGUCAAACGUGCAUGACGACAUGGACAUAUCAGUCUCAGAUUUGGAAAAAACCUUGUGUGAGUUCUUCACUAGAGUUGACAUACGCGGGAAGUGUGGGAGAAUGGUCCCCGUUUUACUGAAACCUGCAUUCGUGUCCGCGCUGGAGCUUCUCGUGGAAUUACGCGAGAAAUGCGGAGUCCCGAGUAAGAAUCCCUUCCUUUUUGCCCGACCAAAUGCGCUGUCUUUCUACAAUGGUGCAGACUCCAUCCAAAAAUUUGUCAAAGAAUGCGGCGCUAAAAAUCCUGAAAUGCUGAAAUCCACAAAGAUCCGGAAGCAUUACGCAACAAUGCUACAGCUGAUGAACCUGGAUGAGAAUGAGGCCAACCAGAUUCUAGGCCCUAAUAAUCAAAUCCACAGCCUGCAGCAGGAUGACGUCGAAAUGGACUGUGAUGAGGAAGGACAACAAGAUGCAUCAUGGGAUGAAAAUGAGCGCUCCGGUGCACGCUUUGAUCUGGCAGAUUUUUUUCAGGAACAAGCAUGUGGAGCAGCGAGAUCUUCCACGUCAAGCAGAAAAAGCAGAAAAGGCUCCCAAAACCAAGGAAAACAUAAAUGGGAGGAAGCAGAGAUACAGGCUGUUGAAAAACACUUGAUGCCUUUGAUUAAAGCUCACAAGGUGCCUCAGAAAGAGGACUGCGUGAAGUGUCUUGAGGCCGAGUCAAAAGCACUGAAGAACCGUUCGUGGAAAGGUGUAAAGGACUACGUCCGAAACAGGAUCACUGCCCUAAAAAGGCAGGGCAAAACCUCCAAGGCUAAAUAAACGAACAGUAGCUCGCCUGAACAAGAGGAACCACAGCAGAGUGCUGGACAUUUUCAGCAGUUAUAGAUGGGACAUUUUGUCCAUGGCAACAUUUAAGACUUUUUUCUCUCCCAGUUUUUAUCCUUCACUAUUUUCUGCUCCUCUUUGUCUUUUUAUUUGUUCAGUCUCCACAUGCGUCUCAUAUACAACAUUGUGAGAAUUUCCAUCCACUAUGUUGACUAAGAAAAGAUUGAUCAUUGCUAAUUUUUGUGAUUAAUGGUUUGCGGUUAUUCUGCAGUUGCCAUCACUCUUGCUUUAUAUGAUUACAGUUUAUCUUUCGUUGUGGUUUUGUUUCACUUUAUUGAGUUAACUUGGAAAGAGAGGACUCAUCCAUACUGACAACUAAUGUGUCAUUAGCUGAUGGCUAAUCGGUAUGAUUUUGGGCGCUGUUAACUCCUGUCACCAUGUUAUCUGUUUUACUGCAUUAUGUUAUUUUCUUUGGUAUAUUCUCUGUUUUGUAGGACAACUUACCACCAAUAAAAUUCAAUAAUUUUGUGGAAUAUAAAAA